UGUUUGCGGGAUGCCCCGAGCGGGCGUAUUUUGGAAACAAUACCGCGCGGUGCAGAGUGGCCUCCACCCGCGCCAGCCCGCCUGCUGCCGCCGCCGCCCCUGCCUGCGCCUCCCGCCUCCCGCCUCCCGCCUUCCGCCGCAGCCCGUUUGGGCGCCAAGCCCCCGAGUGCUCAUCACGCUGGACCCUGGCGCGGAGCCCUGGCAUCACGACUCGGAGGCCGAGAUUCUCUCCUGGAGUCACCCAGGGGAGAUGGAGCCACCCCAGUGUGUGGAGGAGCUGGAGGAUGAUGUGUUCCAGCCAGAGGAUGGGGAGCCGGGGACCCAGCCUGGCAGCUUGCUCUCUGCUGACCUGUUUGCCCAGAGCCAGCUGGACUGCCCCCUCAGCCGUCUGCAGCUCUUCCCUCUCACGCACUGCUGUGGCCCUGGGCUUCGACCCACCAGCCAGGAAGACAAGGCUACCCAGACUCUCAGUCCAGCCUCCCCAAGCCAGGGUGUCAUGCUGCCUUGUGGGGUGACUGAGGAACCCCAGCGACUCUUUUAUGGCAAUGCCGGCUACCGGCUCCCCCUCCCUGCCGGUUUCCCUGCAGGCUUGCCCCUUGGUGAGCAGCCCGCUGAAGGGCAGUGGCAACAUCGAGCAGAGGUACAGAUUGCCCGAAAACUUCAGCGCAUUGCAGACCAGUUCCAUCGGCUUCAUUUGCAGCAACACCAGCAGAACCGAAAUCGCGUGUGGUGGCAGAUCCUCCUCUUUCUGCACAACCUCGCUUUGAAUGGAGAUGAGAACAGGAAUGGGGCAGGUCCCAGGUGAGGCUGGGCUGCCCUCUUCACAUGGGGCACCACGGAAGGACAUCGGCGAGGACUGACACUGUGUCUUGUGAAGUUGUUGUUGUUUUGUGUUUUUAUUUUAAAAAUUUCUCUCUGUGUACAUAAGACAUACCCAAGCGGGACCUCUUUCCCCGUUCAGGGCCUCGACCAGGAAUGGGGCCCUUUGUCAAACACUGCUGAAGUAGAGGCUGGUGUGUCUGUGAUGUGGGACCUCCCAAGGACUCGGAUAAGUAGAUCCUUCGGUCGUCAGUGGUUGAAGACAACCAGGUAGUGAUGUGCUCCGGCGAGUGGACUGUAGUUUUCCCACAGGAACUUAUUUAAGAAACAGGAGACUGGAUUAGACUCCUGGUUCCACCAAACGUAUCAGCCUUCCACUGUGGAUGGGGCCCAGAUCCGACGGGUCACACUGCUUUAACCCACCAGGGCCUCAGACAGGGCCUUUCCAGCUGCGUGUGGCAACUUCACUAGCUCGGUCAGCCAGCUCCAUGUCUGGGUUCUCCUUGGGCCCAGCCAUUGCCCGCCCCAAGGGCUCAGGGAUUCUUGCCCAGCCCCUGUCAUCUCCAGCAGACCUCAGGGAGGGUUGGGUUUCUCCGUGGACCCCUCAAAUGUGCCGCAAAAAUGAACCAAACUUCUGGGUAGGCCUCAUGUCUGACUUGGUCCUACUUGGAAGCCCCAGGAUUGGUCCUGAGGUGCAGAACCACUGCCCCCUCUGGCUGCCUGGGACUGGCUGGGUGUCAACCAUGGAUGAGCCAAAUAGCCAGUCAGUGUGCUAUAGCCAGCAGCUUGUGCCUUUGUCAGCUCUUGUUUUGAAAGACCCAGCCAACAGACGGCGUCCCACCCCCAAUAGCAGCACUCUAGCACCGGAAGGGACAGGAUUGCAUUGCGGUGGCUCUGGGAAAUGAGGCGGCCAUCCCACCUGUGAGAGUCAGCCUUGAGGAACCCAGACCCCUUGGUUUCCUUGGAAACCACAUACCUCCUCCCUUUUAUCCCCAUUCCUUUCUCACACCUAGUGGGAUACAGGAAGAAGCCAGCACAGCGGCUUUGUCAGCUGAAAUGUGUCUUUUAGAGUAACAGACAGUGAUUAGAGUGCAGAACUGUCAAAGCUGGGUACACACUUCCUGUCUUCCUUCAGCUUCCAGCCAGGCCAGAAAGGCAUGCUCUGGAACUCAGCAGGAUCCCAGACGCCUCUGAACUUCUUCCCUUCUCUCCCUGCUGUGGCACUAAUGGAGAGAAUUUAAAGCAGCCAAUCUGGCAGCUCUGGGAGCAGACACAGGGAAUCUGUUCACCUAGAAAUUAAAUUAUCAUUUUUGCAUAUGUGAGAAAAGUUAACAUUGGUGCUAACGGUGAAGCAAGGCCCAAGGAAAAGAUGGCUUCCCUGGGCAGAGAAGACCCCAGGGCUACCCAAGGAAAUUGGAGGAGUCCUUAGUAGACUGUCAAAUCUGAACAAGCCCAAGCUCCUCUAAUUCUGCAGAGAGGAGGUCUUUGUUACCGUUGAAGGACACACUGAUCUUCCUGAUGUACAGUCAGGCAGGUUGUUCACUGCACAAGGCCACCUGCAGUGGAAGGUAAUGGAAGCUAGAAUCCAGCCCGGGCUCUGCUCACUAAGCUGUAUGCCCUAGUGUAGGGCUGUGUCUGCUUACAGGAAGGGGUGCCUUUCCUAAUUUGCACAAAGGUGCCCUAUGGGCUCACAGUGGCUCGGAGAGGGACUUCAAACUGCAUAAGCCUUGGUUUUGUUCUGCUUGGAUGUUCUGGAGGUAUUACCUAUUCUUGGACAGAAUUAUAUUCUCAGGGUGUGUACCAUGGUUUGUCUGCUAAGAAGAUAGGUUCCUGCUUACAAGAAGGAACCCAGGGAACAGGCAUGAAGACUGGCGCUGGGACACGCUGACCAUUGUGAAAUCCACCCUUCCCUGUGUGUCUCCACACCAUUUUUUGACGUGCAUAGGACAUGUGUUGUUUUUCCCUCUCCUGGACCAAGGCUGUGAUGGGCAGGCUGCUGGUGUAUCUUUGAGUGGCACACACAAGAAAACCAGGAUUAUUUCUACCAGCCACUUUUAUCUACUCUCUGCAGACUUUUCCACGUGAACUGAGUGAGAGAGCAAAUAAAUGGUCCAGGCCUUGGUGCCGAGGCAAAGCCAUCACCUUCAGAGACCUUGCCGGGCCUGGGUGGGAUGCCCUGUGGCCUGUCCUGAGAACUGAGCCCAGAGUUUGAGAAGCUCAGCUGAACAUCGCGCCUGGGGCCGGGUGGAGGGUCAUCUGACUGCACUGUCUCCAUCUUCUGUGAAGCCAGGAACUAACUCAACUAUCCUAAGCACGCCAGGGCAAAAUGUACAAUGCCUCUCCUUCCCCUCCCCCCAGAACCCGGGAGGUAGAAUAGCCCCAAGAGGAAGAGAGGUUCCUCCUGGCUGGCUGUUUUUAAUUGGCCUAGUGGUCUAGACUGGCCCCUUCCCCCUCUGCCUGGUGAGUUGGUCUGAACAUUCCUCAAGUCCAACCUCAGGACACAUGUCCCUCCCCCUGGGCUCCCUCUCCCCAUCCCCCAGGAGCUUGGCUGUCUCUAGUUAGGGAGUGGAGAAUCAGAUUUAGAGGGAGGGACAGUCUGACCUGGCUCCUGACCUGUAACCAACAGAAGACUUGUGGAGCUUUUGUGGUUUGCUGAGGGUGAGGGUGGGAGAGGGACUGGAAACCUCCCUCCCCGGUAGGGAUGCCCUGGAGGAGGGGAGCCUGAUAUUCAGGGUCAAAACAGCCCUUCUAAUUCAGAACCCCAGAGGAGGGGAUUCUGGAAGCCGGUAGACAGAACUGGGGAGGGAACCCCCUCAGGCCCCCCGUCUGACUCCCCCGGAGAGUUGGAGGACUCAGCCGGGCCUCUCUGCCUUUGCCCACUUCAAAGUCUGGGCUGCUGGAGAGCUGCCCCCGUGGCCUUUUCUUGCUCAGUCCGAGGCAGAAAAAGACCGCCUCCCAGUGCCCUCCACGAGCCCCUAGGGGAGGGGGUCUGUGUCGGGAGCUAUGUGGCAGGCACGUUCCGAGCGCUCGAAGGGGCCCAGCUGACUUGUCUCUCUGUCCCCAGUGGCCCAGCCCCAUCCAAGGAUGGGUCCGGCCUGGGCGUGGCAGGGAGGGGGUGAUUUGGGAUGACCCAGCCAGGGUCUCCACUAGGGGCUGGGGAGCCACUGUGACUGUCCUAGUCAGCAAGGAGCACGUGGAGAGCUUGCGAGCUUGUCUCGUUUGAGGGACCUGAUGCAGUGGGGUAGGGCAAGUGAGAGCCCGCAGAAGGAGGCACUGCGGGCUUCUGCACAUGAGUUCUGCAGCCCAGGCCGGAGGAACCUGCGGGGUCCCUCUGUGUGUAGGUGGGGACACCCUGGUGAGAGACCACCCUGGCCAGACUCCUUAACCCAUCAGGCUGUGAAGCCUCCUGGGGACAGUGUGGGCAGUGGGCUCCUCAAGGCUGGUGGGGACUUUGAGCCUUGAGGGAACCGCAGAGAAAGCCGCGCUCUUUCACAGAUGUGCCAGCCUCUUGGGCGGAAGGUGCUCGGAGCCCUGCAGGCUCCCGUUUUGCACCGCCCCUCUCUGUGCACAGGAGGCCAGUGCCUCUCCCUGCUCUGUGAGCAUUGCCCAGUGGGCUGACCCAUCCCUGGGUCCACAGGGCCUGUCGGGGGAGACCCAGUGAGAAUGUAGCAUUUUGUCCCUCCCAGGUUAGCUGUCCUGGGUUCUGGACACUCUGCCUCUGGGAGAGAAACAAGGAGAGAGAGGGAGGGGAUGGGGACUCAUUGUUUUUAAACCUGUACAGAAUAUUUGGCUUUGUGUUCUUCACAUGCAUAUAUGUGUGUGUAUCUUUUCCCCCAUCAAUUGGUACAGUUUUUAAUAAAACCAUUUAAAGCAAA